AUGCCCAAGUCGAAGCGCAACAGAGUGGUCAACCUGACCCAGGUGAACAAGAAGACGCGCGAGCAAAAGGACAAGCUCUUCGCCAACAUCCGCGAGUCGGUCCCGGAAUACCAGCACUGCUUCGUCUUCAGCGUCGACAACAUGCGCAACAACUACCUCAAGGAGGUCCGCCACGAGCUCAACGACUGCAGACUCUUCUUCGGCAAGACAAAACUCAUGGCCAAGGCCCUCGGCCAGGACCCCUCCUCGGCCGUCGCCGACGGCAUCGACCGCCUGACCCCCUUCCUCGCUGGCACCGUCGGCCUCCUCUUCACCAACCGCGACCCGGCCGCGAUCCUCUCCUACUUUGAAGGCGUCUCCCCCGUCGACUUCGCGCGCGCCGGCACCGUCGCGACCCGCGGCUUCACCGUCCCCGCCGGCGUCGUCUACGCCACCGGCGGCGAGGUCCCCGCCGAGCACGACGUGCCCAUGGAGCACAGCAUCGAGCCCGAGCUGCGUCGUCUCGGCAUGCCCACGCGCAUGGUCAAGGGCCGCGUCUGCCUCGGCGACGCCGAGGGCGGCGGCGAGGGCUACGUCGUCUGCCGCGAGGGCGACGUCCUCGACAGCCGGCAGACGAGGCUGCUGAAGCUGUUUGGCAUCUGCCUGAGCGAGUUCAAGGUCCAGGUUCUGGCAUACUGGAGCGCCUCUUCGGGAAAGGUGACGGAGGUGAACCCCAACGCCAUGGACGGCGUCGACGACGAGAGCGACUAA